AUGCAAAUUGUUAGAAACAAUUUAAACAAGUUGGCAAUGGCCUUCUUGUUGAUGGUAGUACUCCUCUGUAUUAACGUGCAUGUGAAUGGUCAAUUCGUCCAGGGAGGUUAUGAUUCGUAUAGAUCUAGCAGAAUCUUAUUCAACAAACAACAUGCUCCAUGGAAUAUUAAAGUGCCAUUUCCUAAUGAUGGCACUAAUGGUGUUGAAGAAACAGUUUUUGAUACAGUACGUGGAAAAUCAUACACUCAAUAUUCCUUUAAACCAUUUACUUUGCUUGAAAUUGACAUGACAAGUGGCAAGUCCAAUUUCAUUCAUGUCACAAUUCCAAAUUUUGAAAAGUAUGAUGGUUUUGUUGGUAUUUCAAGUGCUCGUCUUGAUAGUAAGGGAAAUUAUUUCGCUACCAUUCUUUUGAGUGGUGACGAUUCCUUAAUUGUCAGAGUUGACCUUUCCAAUAGAAUCGGCCAAGUUUCGCAUUUUGAAAGAACAAACAUUUAUACUUCAGUUUUAGCUGAAACUCAAAAUUUUUACAUUAUUGGAACUUCUCCUCCUUCCAUUCUUGGUUUAGAUGCCACUACUCUCCAAUUGAAGUGGACUGCAAACGUUACUGGAAGUGAAAUGAUUUUGGUCAACUCUGCAAAUAGCAAGGAUGAUGUCAUUUAUGCAGCUGAUUACAACAUUUUGCACAAAAUUCGUGUAAACGAUGGUCGGAUCAUAUCUUCAUUCAAAUUCCCACAUGAUAUUGAUAAUAUCGCAUAUGUGAGUGGUGUGAAUGGAUGGGUUUCGGUUACUUUAGCAAACGAUACUUCUAUUUCUGUAUCUUUCCUUAAUAUUGAAAACCAAAUUGAAACAAGACUUGAAGUGAUGAGUACUAGACAUAUGCCACAUGUUGAUUCUAAUUCAGCUUGUUCUUAUCCAAUUGCUACUGCCAAUCAAACUGGAAAUAUUUUGGAAAUUACGUCAAUUGUCAAGUGUGAAAUAACUUCAGGUUUUGGAGGCUCAGAAAAGAUUAUUGCAGUCAAAUCCAGAUUUGAUAAAAAUUCCUUAAAGCCAUUGCCAAACGAACCAAACUUGAUUUGGUCAACUGACACUUCUGCCCUCGUAAUUGCCCAAAUUGACUCCAAGACCAUUCUAUCAAUGGAAUAUUCAGCAGAAAACAGCAUUUAUAUUCAAUACGAUAUUUCCACUGGUAAGAUCAUCAAAACAUCUCCCUCUCGCAUUUCAAGUGGUUAUGGUUUCCCAUAUCUCGUAACAAGUUCCAACAAUAAGGUCUAUAGAUAUGAAUUGACUCCACAUAUUGAUGUUGAAUCAGCUGAUUUGUAA